UGAUCAUCCACCAGACACUAUGAGACUUCUGGCUCUGCUGCUGACGGUUGGAGCUGCGGUGGCAGUUCCCCGUGAAAAUGGCAGGAUCAUUGGUGGGCAGGAGUGUGAGCCUAACUCUCGUCCAUACAUGGCCUCCCUCAACUAUGGCUACCACUUUUGUGGUGGUGUGCUCAUCAACAGGCAGUGGGUGCUCUCUGUUGCCCACUGUUGGUACAACCCCUAUGCCAUGCAGAUCAUGCUGGGAGAACAUGAUGUGCGAGUGUUUGAGGGCACAGAGCAGCUCAUGAAGACUGAUACCAUUAUCUGGCACCCUGAUUACGACUACCAGACUCUUGAUUUUGAUAUCAUGCUGAUCAAGCUCUUCCACCCUGUGGAGGUGACCGAGACAGUAGCACCCAUCCCAUUGCCCACCGGGUGCCCAAUGGGAGGACUCCCUUGCUCUGUGUCUGGAUGGGGAAACAUGGCCCCGGAUGGCGAAGACUCGUUCAUGCCCUACCGUCUGCAGUGUUUGGACGUGCCCGUCGUGGAUGAUCAGGAUUGUGAGAACGCCUAUCCUGGCAUGAUCACACGCAGAAUGAUGUGUGCCGGACACAUGGACGGAGGCAGAGGCGUAUGCAACGGUGACUCUGGCAGCCCUCUGGUGUGUGUUGGAGAAGUGCACGGCCUGGUGUCAUGGGGUCAGGGAUGCGCUCAGCCCAACUACCCAGGCGUCUACGUCAAAGUGUGCGAGUUCCUCUACUGGAUUGAAGACACUCUGGCAGCUUACCCCUGAGGAAACGUUUCAUCUUUUCCCCUCCCGUCCCCUAGUCGAUCACCCUCGGUUCCCUCGUAGUAUAUAAGCACUAAUUCUUAUUUUCCCUUAACUUUUCCCCCAGCCUUUUCAUUGAUACCUCCAUUAUUAUUUCUUGUCCCCUUUUGCAGCUUUUCUCCCUCAUACAUACAGACUUA